GACAAUUUAUUAGUGUAUUUGAGUAAAUUCUAGUGCAUGUGUGAACUAAAGGUUAAAUAAUGGCAGUGGUUAAAACUGAAAAGCUCAAUAAUUUUAGUGUAAAAAAAUUUCAAAUGUGUAGGAAGCGUCCGAACACUAUUUGAUAACUGAGAAACUGCGCAACGCCGCCCUCGAUCGGUUAAUUCCGCAUCUAACCUGACGUGAUCCGAUCGUUACGAUGGAACCAUGUCCCUUUUCAAUGCACGUGGAGAUGCAGCAUCUUCUCAGUUGUUUCUAGAGUUUCCAUUCAAACCCAAUUUUCGGGACGAUCGUCAGUGAAAGUCGGUUUGGAAAUAAUUGUUAAAUGACGUCCGCCACCGCCACCAAACUGUUCUAAGCCGAAUCAUACAUUAUCGAGUUUUAUUUCGUCGUCCAUGUUCGCAACGUGCGCCGAUUCCGCACUCGUACGUUUUACAAAGUAAUCGGGCCAAUCCCGUUUAGCAGCCGGAACGCAAAAGUCGCUAUUAAUUUUUUGGGUAUAACGCGGUUGGCCUGAAAAGGGGCCAAAGCAAGAAAAAGGCAAAAUGCACGUGCUGAAAAUCACCAAACAACUGAAAGAUGAUAUAGAAACUAAUCAAAAUCAGUUACUGAAUUCUAUUCGUAAUCAUCAGGGGGUCGCAGCCAAGUUGAAGCAGCACUCAGAUGACGACGAGACUAUUGCUCAGGAGCUGGCAGAGGCCGAGAGCAAGAUUGUCGAAUUAGGAAUCUUUCAGCUAACGUUGAUGAAAAAACUGCGAGAAGAGUUCAAAAACCAUCAGCAAUCUGUAAAAACUGAGGUAGUAACGAGGUCUUUGGAUGAGCGGCGAUCCGAUCUGGUCACAUCCAUCAGCAGGGCUCGCAAGCAGAAGUUGAUGACGCGGGAGCGCAACUCGCCCUCAGAUGAGUCGGAGGGGAGGCAGUCGCCCCCCCGCGUCCGAGCAAGGAACCCCACCCGGCCCGAGCAUCUGAGCCAGAUCACCUUCCUGGAAUACUUCCGACUGGCCACCAACGACGUCUAUGCAGAGAUGCUGAAGAAGAAAGCUGAGCGAAAGCGAAGAAGCACGGCCAACCCCCAGUUUGUAUACAGCAAACGGGGGGAUCAGUCCGGACAGCCGCCGAAGAAGAAGAAACGAAAAACUUUUUUGAGGCAUGCCCCAUCGCCGCCUAACACCAGAAGCCGCAAGAACCAGGAACCAGGCCCGUCAAACCAGGAACCAGGCCCGUCAACAUCAAAGUCUCCCCCGCGGGCCACCAAUGGCAAAAAAUCCCCAUUAAAUGGCCACAAAACUGAGUCGUCGUUUCCAGCCAUCCCCAACCUGCCCAGCGGAUUAAUAAUCGAAAGGAUCAGUCCAGGACGAACGUCGCCCGAGCCCAAGCAAUGCAUCGUCUGCAAAAAACCAGUACCAAUUGCUGUCUUUGAAUCAGCAGUGUUUCGCUCAAAUUGCUAGUGUUAAAAAAUUAAGUAUAGGGAAUAUUUUUGUAACGGCGUGUGACAAGUCGCCUUGUCCAUUAAAAUAUUUUUACAUUUAA